AUGUCCUUGAAUAUGAAGACUCUAUCCCAGGCCUUCGCCAAGGCCUCUGCAGCGAUCGAAAAAACGGUUCAAACUACGGUCCAAGAAGUCACCGGUCUACCUAGAGCGUUACAGGACUACGAGCUUUCGGAACAGAUCGGCUCGGCUGGGCCGGGUCUGGCUUGGAAGCUUUAUUCCGCUAAGUCACGUGGCGGCCACGUGCCGACAGUGUAUCCGACCGUCUGCGUAUGGCUAUUGGACAAACGGGUCCUGUCGGAGGCCCGACAGAAGGCUGGGCUUUCGAAAGCAGCUGAGGAUGCGUUCCUGGACGUGAUUCGGGCCGAUGCUUCCCGGCUUGUGAGGCUGCGGCAUCCCGGGGUUGUCCACGUUGUCCAUGCGUUGGAUGAGAGCAAGAGCUCCCUGGCUAUGGUCACUGAACCACUUUUCGCAUCCGCUGCUAAUGCACUGGGGAGUGUGGAGAAUAUUGCCAAAGUGCCCAAGGAGCUUAAGGGAAUGGAAAUGGGGCUGUUGGAGGUGAAGCACGGUCUUCUCCAGAUUGCAGAAACCUUGGAUUUCCUUCAUAACAAUGCUCGUCUCAUCCACCGGGCUUUAUCACCUGAGGCUGUCCUGAUUACAUCAAAUGGAGCCUGGAAGCUUGGUGGCUUUGGUUUUGCGAUAUCAACUGAUCAGUCAUCCAAUGAUUCUGCAAACGUGCAGUCUUUUCAUUAUGCUGAGUACGACGUCGAAGAUUCUAUUCUCCCCCUUCAGCCAUCAUUAAACUACACUGCCCCUGAACUGGUUCGAAGUAAAACAUCUUCAGUCGGGUGCUCUUCUGAUAUUUUCAGUUUUGGAUGCCUGGCCUACCACUUGAUUGCUCACAAGCCUUUGUUUGAUUGCCACAACAAUGUGAAGAUGUACAUGAAUAGUUUGACUUACUUAUCCAGUGAGGCUUUUUCUUCCAUUCCGAGGGAGCUGGUAUCCGAGUUACAGAGAAUGCUUUCUGCAAAUGAAGCUAUCAGGCCGUCAGCCAUGGAUUUUACAGGCUCACCUUUUUUCCGGGAGGAUACUAGGUUGCGUGCUCUCCGCUUCCUGGAUCACAUGCUUGAAAGAGAUAACAUGCAGAAAUCAGAGUUUCUAAAAGCAUUAUCAGACAUGUGGAAGGAUUUUGACUCCCGUGUAUUGCGGUAUAAGGUUCUUCCCCCUCUGUGUGCAGAGCUUCGAAAUUUGGUAAUGCAGCCAAUGAUUCUACCUAUGGUUCUGACCAUAGCAGAGUCUCAGGAUAAAAACGAUUUUGAGCUAUCAACCUUACCAUCUCUUGUUCCAGUCCUGGAUAUGGCUGCGGGUGAGACAUUACUGCUACUCGUGAAGCACGCCGAGCUUAUUAUCAACAAGACUAGUCAGGAGCACCUAAUUUCUCAUGUCCUGCCUAUGCUCGCUCGAGCUUAUGAUGAAACCGAUGCACGCUUGCAAGAGGAAGUUCUAAAAAAGACUGUUUCGCUUGCAAAGAAACUUGAUGUUCAGUUAGUGAAACAAGCAAUUUUGCCUCGUGUUCAUGGCUUGGCGCUUAAAACAACCGUUGCUGCGGUGAGAGUGAAUGCUUUAUUAUGUUUAGGUGAUAUGAUUCACAUGCUGGAUAAGCACGGUGUUGUAGACAUCUUGCAAACGAUUCAACGAUGUACUGCUGUUGAUCAUUCUGCUCCAACUCUUAUGUGUACGCUUGGAGUCGCGAACUCAAUUUUGAAGCGGUAUGGAAUUGAAUUUGUAGCAGAGCAAGUUCUUCCAAUACUGACUCCACUAUUAAUUACCCAGCAAUUAAAUGUUCAGCAGUUUGCUAAGUACAUGUUUUUUGUCAAGGAUGUACUGAGGAAGAUAGAAGAAAAGCGAGGAGUAACUUUGACGGACUCUGGAAUUCCAGAGACAAGACAAUCUCCUACAGCGGAUGGGCCUCUUCCGGGACUAGUUAACAAACCUGUUGCAAUCUCGUCUAGUACGAAACACAACCCAUCAUGGGACGAAGAUUGGAUACCUGCCCGGGGAGCUUCAACCGCCGCCCCGUCUUCCACUACAAUGUCAAAUGCUCGAUCAGUCUUUCCAAUUGAUAUUGAGUGGCCUCCUCAAUCUUCAUCAGGCUUUACAACUCAAUUAGGUGACCCUGGGAAGCUCAAUGAAAACAGAGGUUCUUCAAAUGCAAGUUUUGAUGCUAUUGAUCCUUUUGCCAACUGGCCACCUCGGCCUAUUGGCACGACAACACUAUCUGGAUCUUCGACCAAUGAGAUGGCAGCACCAUUUGCUACAAAAUAUCCUCCUAGUAAUAGUGCAACCUCGACUGAUGGUUUGAACUCAUGGGCAUUUGGCAAUCAAAAUUCUGUUGAGCCCAUGAGACAGAAUCAUGGUAGUAGUACUUCAUCAACUGUCGGAGGGCUCAACACGCAGAAUUCGCUUGGGUAUUUGAAGCAAAAUCAUGGUGCUUCAACUCUUGGUUCGUCCAGCCAGAAAGCAGCGGAUCUUGGAUCUAUCUUUGCUUCUAACAAGAGUGAGCAUGCUGCACCAAGACUCGCUCCGCCUCCAACAACUGCUGUUGGUAGAGGUAGAGGACGAGGGAGGGGGGGAAGUCAAGGACAACUUGGGACCACCUCUGGAUCACGGCCUAGUCAGGGGAAAUCUCAGCCUGAGCAGCCGCCUCUACUGGACUUGCUGUAG